UAAAAGGGGGAAAAACAGAUAGAGAAUGACGUUUAAGCAAACUCGCCGUCAACGGCAGCGCGUCAGAUUUGUUAGUUUAUUUCCUGGCCGCGGUGCGAAACGACUGUGCAAAUUCUCCGAGUACGCGGCAUGAACGCGACUCAUGAAACACGGUCCAUACAAAGUCAGCUUAACCUUUACGCAAGGGGCUUAGAUUCUAAACCGGCUCCAUUCCUCGUGCUCUCCUUCUCUUGAACGGCUACAGAUAUAGGCUCGGCUGACAUUUGAUUCCCUCCAAAACUGAGCACAAAUGGAGAAUUCUGGACCUCCGGCAGCGGUUUACGGCUUCAGGGAUCGCAGACCAGAAGCUCUGGGGGACUUCCGAAUCCUCCCCGACGAAGUCAUCAAUACCAUCUUAGAGAAUCUCACUCCUCGAGAUGUCUCUCGCCUUGCUUGUGUUAGCAGUGUUAUGUACAUUUUAUGCAAUGAGGAACCACUCUGGAUGAGUCUAUGCCUUAACAGUGUAAAAGGUCCAUUACAAUACAAAGGCUCCUGGAAGGGAACAACACUCCAUUUAGAAAAUGUUCCUCGUGGAUAUGAAGAACAAUGUAGAAAGCAAUUACAGUUUAAUGGUUUCAAUUCAAUAUUCUUAUACCGAAGAUUUUACCGGUGCCAUACUACACUGGAUGGAUUUUAUAUGGAUGCUGGCAAUGUGGAAAGGAAAAAUGAUAUUUCUUUGGAAGAAUUUCAAAAUGAGUUCGAUGGGAAAAAACCAAUUAUACUUUCUGGCUUGGUUGAUACUUGGCCAGCUCGGCGUACAUGGUCAGUUGACUAUCUAUCACAAAAAUAUGGAGAUACUGCAUUCAAAAUCUCUCAAAGGAGUACUAAGAAGAUCUCAAUGAAAUUUAAGGAUUAUGCAGCAUACAUGCAACUUCAGCACGAUGAGGAUCCUUUGUAUAUAUUUGAUGACAAGUUUGGGGAAGCUGCACCAGAUUUAUUAAAAGACUAUGACGUGCCUCAUCUAUUUCAAGAAGAUCUUUUUGAUGUAUUGGAUGAAGAUAAACGACCUCCCUUCAGAUGGCUUAUCAUUGGCCCUGAGAGGUCUGGUGCAUCUUGGCAUGUUGAUCCAGCGCUUACAAGUGCCUGGAAUACCCUUUUAUGUGGUCGUAAGAGGUGGGCCUUGUACCCUCCAGGUAAGGUGCCUCUAGGUGUAACAGUCCAUGUUAGCGAGGAAGAUGGUGAUGUCAAUAUUGAAACCCCAUCUUCACUGCAGUGGUGGCUCGACUUUUAUCCGCUUCUUGCUGAUGAAGAUAAGCCUAUUGAAUGCACCCAACUUCCAGGAGAGACAAUCUAUGUUCCAAGUGGUUGGUGGCACUGUGUCCUUAAUCUAGAGUCAACAAUUGCUAUCACACAGAAUUUUGUUAAUGUCAGCAACUUUGAAUUUGUAUGCUUCGAUAUGGCACCUGGUUAUCGUCACAAGGGAGUUUGUCGUGUUGGAUUCCUUGCUCUUGAUGGAAAUGGAUUGGAAGAAGCUGAAACUCAUAUUCCCUGUGAUAAGGGUAGUUUGAGUACUUUUGACCUUGAAAGGAAAGAGAAAAGGAUCAAGGUGCACAAAUGUGAAGAUGAUACAACUGAUAAAAAUUCAAUAAGUGGUGCCUCUAAAUUCUAUAGUUUGUGGAAGCAAGGUUUUUCUUAUGAUAUAAAUUUCUUGGCCUCAUUUCUGGACAAGGAAAGAGAUCACUAUAAUUCUCCGUGGAGCCCAGGCAAUUGCAUUGGACAGCGGGAAUUGAGGGAAUGGUUAUCCAAGCUCUGGUAUGAGAAACCAGCAAUCAGAGAGUUAAUAUGGAAGGGAGCAUGUCUUGCCAUAAAUGCGGGAAAAUGGUUAGAAUGCCUAGAAGAAAUUUGUGCCUUUCAUGAUAUGUCUCCUCCCUCUGAUGAUGAGCGGCUUCCUGUUGGCACUGGUAGUAAUCCUGUUUAUCUCAUGAAUGAUCGUGUAGUAAAGAUAUAUAUUGAAGAAGGUGUUGAAGCCUCACUGUACAGUUUAGGCACUGAGCUCGAGUUCUAUAAUCUACUAUGUAAAGGGAAUUCUCCACUGAAAAAUCACAUCCCUGAAGUCUUAGCAUCUGGGAUUCUUUACCUUGAAAAUGGAGCUUAUAAAAUUGUACCUUGGGAUGGAAAAAAAAUUCCAGAUGUGAUUGCCAAGUGCAACCUCCUUCCAGAGAUUGACCAAGCAAAUGAUUCCCCUUUUGGUGUAUGGAGCAAGAAACAUUAUGAAUUCAGAAAAGCUGGCCUACCAAUGUAUGAACCAAUGGAUUCUGCUGAACCGAUCAAUAUAUGGCCAUAUAUCAUUACAAAGCGAUGCAGAGGGAAGAUGUUUGCUCAACUGAGAGAUUCCUUAUCAUGGGAUGAUGCUUUAAACUUAGCUUCCUUUUUGGGAGAGCAGUUGCGCAAUCUUCAUCUCUUACCUCAUCCACCUUUUAAUAGUGCAAUUUCAUCAACUAGCUAUACAUUUGAGGCUAUUCCUGAUGGCUCGAAAAUUUCUCCCAAGUUGGAUGUUUUAAUUAAAACUUUAAAUAAGAAGAGGAAGGGCAUUUCAGAUCACGUGAAGAAAUGGGGAAGUUCUAUUCCGAGAUCACUGGUUGAGAAAGUUGACGAAUAUUUACCAGAUGACAUGGCAAAGCUGUUUGAUACAAUUGAGGAUGACAAUGACCUGAAAGGCUGCAUGGGUUUAUCGUGGAUUCAUUCUGAUAUCAUGGAUGAUAAUAUUCAAAUGAAGCCAUGUUUAGUUAAACCGUGCUUAGGUGGAAAUGCUGGAGAUAAUAACCUGCCUUCCAAUGGCUGGAAUGACAUUGAAGAGAGUGAAUCUUGGUGCCCGAGUUACAUUCUUGAUUUUAGCAAUUUGUCUAUAGAUGAUCCAAUCUGUGACUUGAUUCCUUUAUACCUUGAUGUAUUUAGAGGAAACGAAAAUCUUCUUCAGCAGUUUCUGGAAAGCUAUAAACUUCCUCUGGCAAGAUCACAAAAUUUUGAUUCUGGUGACAAAUUACACAGACAUUCAUAUCGUAUCAUGUGCUAUUGCAUCUUGCAUGAAGAGGAUAUCUUGGGUGCCAUGUCCAGCAUAUGGAAGGAACUGAAAACGGCCAAGUCUUGGGAAGAAAUUGAGCUAGCAGUAUGGGGAAGAUUAAAUAGCUACAAGGGUCUUGCAUGAACCUUUUGUGCAUUUGAGAGCUGAAGUUACAGGAUUGACCUGCACAUAUGCAAAGAUCGGAUACACAGACGGAGGCGAUAAAUUGUCAUCAAUAAAGUAUGGGAUACAUAACUGGAUAUGAUAGCAUUUUCAUCUUGGAUAUUUUUCUUUUCUUUUCUUUGCUUUUCUUUUCUUUUUUAAAUUUAUUAUUUAAAUGUUGUAAAUUUGUUUUAUUAAAGAAUAAAGCGAACGUUUACUUGUACAAAAUGUGAAAUUGAAUAUAUUAAUAUUCAAUCGUCUUAACAAUUAUUCACAUC